ACACUCACCUGCAGCUCCGUGCGAAAUCAAAACAUGAUACGUGGGUGUAUUCCGCGUACACGACAAUUUUCUUUCUUCUAAAAUAAUCGGAUUUUCCCCGUUGAAAACCGUUCCGCGCCGGCCGCAACCAUGGCCGACCUCAAGAAGGAUCUCGACGAAUAUCUGCUGCUGCAGAGCGAUCAGAAGAAAAACUUCAAACUCGAGAUGCCCCGGAUGCCGUCGAUUCCGACCCCGGGCCUGGUGGGCAAGCUGUUUGGCAAGGGCCAGGAACCGGAGGCGAACAGCUGGCUCAAGGAUACGCAGGACAGUUGCUGCCCCAAGUUGAGUCGAAUACAACGGAUCGUCGGAUUUGUGACCUGCAUGGGCUUGGGGGUGUUUUGCAUGGUCGUGUCCUCGUUCUAUAUCCCGGUGCUGAUUUUGAAGGCGCGGAAGUUUGCUCUGCUGUACACGAUGGGGAGUAUUUUUUUCAUCAUGAGUUUUUCCUUCCUGAGCGGAUUCGCGGCCAUGUUCCGGCAGAUGUUUUCCCGGGAGCGGCUGGCGCUGUCCAUCUCGUACAGCGUUUGCCUCGUUGGGACGCUUUACUUUGCGAUGAUCGAGCAGAGUACGGCGCUGACGGUGCUGUUUGCGGUGGCGCAGAUUAUUUCGCUGCUUUGGAUGAUUUUGGGCGCGAUUCCGGGCGGAAUGACUGGGAUGAAGUUCUUCGGGCAGAUGUUCCGGUCGUCGGUGUCCAGUUCGCUGCCGGUUUAAGCUUGCGAGGGGGGACGCAAUCCUAUUCUAGAUUGGGUAAGACUUGUAGCUUGUAAGUUGGAUCUAAAUUGAAUCAGUAUAUAUUUAUCGUUUUUUAUUCGAUCAAUAAAUCUUCAUCUUAAAGCUG